UUGAUCGGUCGUGUAUUUGGUUGCAUUGUCGGUCGGUCGGUCGGUCGGGCGGUCGAUAAAUUUGAAAAAUUAAUUUUCUAUUUAUAAUUGCAUACGAGUAUGAAUAAAUGCGUUAAAACGUUCAUGUGAAGCUCUGACGUCACACAAUUUCUUCACGAAAACUCGUUUCUGUGCUAAGACAAGUGAAUUUACUAUUUUUAGUGCAAACUACGUAGGCAAAGUAGCUUAAUAAUAUACUUUGUACAUAAUUUUGGUACAAAAAAAAAAACAGCAUAAACAAAGCAAAAACACCGAAACACAGGCAUACACCAUGUUUGAGCUGUCGAAAUUAUUUUCGCUGCGACGGCCUCAGGGUAGCAGCAAAAUGGACCGAUAUGAGAAAUUAAGUAGGCUUGGCGAAGGCUCUUAUGGUGUUGUGUAUAAAUGUCGAGAUCGUGAAACGGGCGCCUUAGUGGCAGUUAAACGCUUUGUGGAGUCGGAAGACGAUCCGGCUAUAAGGAAAAUUGCUUUACGUGAAAUUCGACUGCUAAAAAAUCUGAAACAUCCAAAUCUGGUCUCACUACUAGAGGUAUUCCGGCGUAAACGUCGCUUGCAUUUGGUAUUUGAGUUUUGUGAGUUGACAGUGUUGCACGAAUUGGAGCGACAUCCGCAAGGCUGUCCGGAGCAUUUAACCAAACAGAUUGUCUACCAGACACUGCAAGGGGUGGCGUAUUGCCACAAGCAGGGCUGUCUGCAUCGUGACAUCAAACCGGAGAAUAUACUGUUGACAGCGCAGGGGCAAGUGAAGUUGUGCGAUUUCGGUUUUGCGCGCAUGUUAAGUCCUGGCGAGAAUUACACAGACUAUGUCGCCACCCGCUGGUAUCGUGCGCCUGAGCUACUCGUUGGCGAUACACAGUACGGCACCGCAGUGGAUGUGUGGGCGAUUGGUUGUCUCUUUGCCGAGUUGGUGCGCGGUGAGGCGUUGUGGCCUGGUCGUAGCGAUGUGGAUCAGUUGUAUUUGAUACGCAAAACUUUAGGUGACCUGCUACCGCGCCACAUACAGAUUUUCUCACAAAACGAAUAUUUCAAGGGCAUCACAUUACCGGUGCCACCAACGCUCGAGCCACUCGAAGACAAAAUGCCAGCCAAAUCACUACAAAAUCCGCUCACCAUUGACUUUCUCAAGAAAUGUUUGGACAAGGAUCCGGCCAAGCGUUGGUCCUGCGAAAAGCUCAUCAAACACUCAUACUUCGAUGAUUACGUUGCCAAGCAGCGUGAACUGGAGCAUGUUAAUAGCUUGGAGGCAGUCACACUACAACGUCAACAACAAUUGCUGCAACAGCAACAACAACAACAACUACAACUGCAACAACAACAUCAACAGUUGCAACAACAUUUGAUAUUGCAGCCGCAUAGUCAACAAUUGCAGCCGCAAUCACAACAACAUACACCGCUGCAGGCGCAACAACAACAACACCAGCAGCAGCAACAGCAACAAACACCAUUGCUGUUGGCAGCACAAGCGGCGCGUGACAAAUCUAAGACUUCAAAUACUUCACUUCCAUUGCUAACCAACACACAGCUGUCGCAUCAUCAUCAGGACUAUGUGAAACUGCAGCCGAUUAAUAAGAAUGCAACACUACUCCACCGCACCGAGCAUCACUUGCCAACGAUAUAGUGUCUCGCACGUACUAGUAUGCGGCAAGCAAAAAGGCGUCAACUAACUAGACGGGCCCGUGCGGCUACAAGUUGGCUAAUGUGGCAAAGCUGGCAAAACUGGCUUGGCAAAUGCGAAACAAUGCGACUAUCGGCUGGUUGGCUAUCAUUGACACAUUGCUCAGGCAACUUGUAUAUGUGUGUGUGUUUGCGAUAUUGUUGCAUCAACGCUUAAUUGGGGCGCCUUUCAGUGUUUGAGUGAUUUUGUGAAUUUCAAUUUUUCUUUAUUUUAAUUUAAAUAGUUGCA